UAUUCGUUUACAACAACGACAACCUGACAACACAACAAUCAACCAUGUAAAUAGUAAAUAGCAAUAAUAAAAUCAACCAUGAAGCUAGAUCAACUCGAAAACGAGAACCCCAAUAUUUACAGCAAAACCGACGACCGAAUCGCAACAGCCGAAGAGGAAGAUGACAACAUUGUGGACGAAUUUGACCCUAGAGAAAUUUUCGAUCUGAUCCGCACCAUAAACGACCCAGAACAUCCCCUCACGUUGGAAGAACUUCACGUGGUGCAAGAAGACCUGAUCGAAGUAGACAAUGGCAAAAACACGAUUUUCGUCAAUUUCACCCCAACCAUCCCACACUGUAGUAUGGCAACUCUGAUCGGUCUUUCCAUUCGAGUGAAAUUACUCAGGUGUCUACCAGCCAGGUUUAAAGUAAAAGUGGAGGUUACGAAAGGAACGCACAACGCUGAAAACGCCGUGAAUAAACAGUUAGCUGACAAGGAAAGAGUGGCUGCUGCCUUGGAAAAUUCCCAUUUAAUUCAAGUUAUAAAUCAGUGUAUAGCUAAUAGGCGUAAAGCUUAAUUGUUUUGUUGAGUUUGAUCGUGUAUAAAAUAAAUAGGGUAGGCGAGUA